ACUGCAAUCCAGAGAGGACACAGGGAAUCACUGCGCUCACAGAGAAAACCACCAGACCCUACAUACUGGUUCACAAUGGAGACAGAGAAGAAGAAUCCGACGCAAACAGCAGAGCAGAUGACAGACAGGGAUUUGUCCGAACAAAUAAAAAUGGUGACAAAGGAGAGUCACAUCCGGGCAGAAAACACCGAGCUGAUGCUGAGCUUCCAGAAGGGACAAGUCACCCUGCCGCAGUUCAAGCUCCUUCUGUGCUCGCUGUAUGAAGUCUACAAGGCCUUGGAGGAGGAGAUGGACAGGAACUGCCACCACCCCAGCGUCGCCGCCAUUUACUUCCCCGCUGAACUGGCCAGACUGGAGGCUAUCGAAAAAGACCUGGCAUACUUCCUUGGCCCGGACUGGAGGGAGAAGGUCGUUGUUCCGGCUGCCACUAAGAGAUACUGCCACCGGCUAAGACAAAUCGGUAAAGAAAACCCUGAGUUUCUGGUUGCCCACGCUUACACCCGUUACCUAGGAGACCUGUCAGGAGGGCAGGUUCUGGGUCGAAUCGCCCAGAAGUCCAUGGGGCUGAAGAGUAGCGAGGGGCUGUCGUUCUUUGCCUUCCCGGGCGUGUCCAGCCCCAACCGCUUCAAACAGCUGUACCGCAGCCGGAUGAACAGCGUGGAGCUCACGGAGGAGGAGAGGAACGGCGUGCUGGAGGAGGCUGUCAGAGCGUUCGAGCUCAACAUCCAGGUUUUUGAUGAUUUGCAGAAGAUGCUGCUGAGUGUCCCUGAAAACAAGCUGCAGACUUUCUCCACUCCAGUGAAGAUGCUCCAGAUCCCCAGAGCCUUCAUCCAAUCAUCUCCGCUGUUCAGGGCUCUGCUGGGAAUUUUUGUGGCUGUGGCCACAGUCGGUAUUGGAAUCUAUGCUUUUUAGAGUGAACACAACGCGUUUGUCUGUUGCGGUUAUCCUUUACUGUUAAAAAUCAGUUUGAAAAAUAGUGCCUGAAAAUGACCAAAUACUGUAAAAUAUGUCUUCUAAUUUCACUGUGAACUGUAUCCAAGUUUGCAUUAAGGUUGGUUUUCUGUCAAAGACGGUUAAUCAGUGUGCAUGAAAGUGAGCUUCUAAUACUGUAAAUAUGCU